AUGUACACCAAAAUUCUUGAGGUGUACAUAAAGAGGGAGUGGGGUCUUGGUGGCCUCUGGGAGAGGUUUGUGAAUAUGCUGCGCUGGAUCCCCUGCCCGCAGUGCCGCCAAAAUACGCCCACGCCGCGCGGUGGCGUUGCCAUGCUCGACCUCGACCUGGCCACCUUCCUUGCCGUCAAGGCUGACAAGGAGCAUCCCCCGGUGGCUGGCGGGUCCCAGCCUGACUCGGCCACCAAGGGCUCGUGCAAAGAGAAG